AUGAUACUGAGCAUCAAACAAAGAAUUGUCAUUUUGGAAACCAGAGCAGGGAAGAGCAGCUUGGCCAGCACCAUAUUUGGUGAAGAACUGUUUGAGGUCAGCCAUGGAGGAAGCAUCACUCUGAACAUCUCUGGCUUCUUUGAUAUCAACAAACCUGAAGACGAUCUGAGGAGUGAGAUAGAGAGGUGCAUCUCUGAGUGUGCUCCUGGUCUUCAUGCUUUUCUCAUUCUGCCUAAACAGGGGAUACACACUGAGCAUGAGCAGAAUGUCAUCAGUAAAAUAGAAGAAUGCUUCUCUGAAGAAGUCUUCAACUGUGCAAUAGCUGUCUUCACUCAUGGUGAUCAGCUUGGUGAAGGACAGACAUUGGAAGACUUUGUCAGCCUGGAUCAGAGUCUGAGUGAGCUGGUGAGGAAGCGUGGAGGCCGCUGCCAUGUCAUGGAUAGUAAAUAUUGGCAAGACAAGCCAAAAGAUGAAUACAGGAACAACCAGUUCCAGGUUGAAGAGAUCCUGAAGUCAAUAGACAAGAUGAUAAAGGCCAACAAUGAUGGCCGCUACACCAAUGAGAUGUUACCAGCAAUCCUAUACUGGAGAGUACGUAGAAGGAUAGAAAAAAGCAUCUCAUGGUUACUAAACAGGUCAUAA